CUGGGUUGGGAUUUCAGAUGUAUGUUUAUAUGUACCUUCAUUUUUGUCGUGCCGUGCCACUAAGCGUCUUUAUAUCCAUGGUUCAUUGAAUUCGCCCGAAAAUCAUGGCUCUUUUCUUCGUCUUUUUUACUGCUGUGAUUGCCCACAUGCUAGCAAGCAGUAACGGUCAAGCAGUAUCCCUAAUGUCACCUCUUGAACAAGGUGACUUUUACUGUGAUCAGGACAGAAUAACCUGUAUUGGAAUUGGAGGAGUUAUUUUAUGGACAGCUCCACCAUCAAUCCCUGAAAACGAUCCACGAGGUUUUUCUUCUUCUAGCAAUCUACAAACGCCUGUACCAUUUGGUAAUGUUGAAAUAACAUUGACUAACAUUGUGCCCGGUACUCCUCCUAACCUUACAUAGGUAAUGACUCUGUCAAAUAUCUCUGAGGUGAACGUGACUUGUCAAACAGAAGUGUCUGGUUCUCUGCAAGCACUAACUUUAAUUCGUUCAAUAACACCUUCGGCUGCUAGUAAUCUUCAAGUUCUACAUAUAAGUUGCACGUCAUUCAGAAUUACUUGGACGGCUGCUACUGAAAACUAUGAUCUAAUGCACUAUGUUGCUCAAGUUUAUGUUGAUGACUCAGCAACGCAAUAUAAUACCACGAACACCUCUAUGGAUUUGGACCUUCCACUAUCUGGUGGAGAGAGAAUCCAUGUAACUGUUGCUGUUGUGACCAGAUGUGGUCAAGUUAGUAUGCCAAUCAAUUCGAAUGUCAUUGUCUUCGUUUAUACAAGUGUCUGUGAAAAUUUGUGUAGGCCAUGUGACAAUAGAGGUUGUUUAAUUGCUUCUGUGAUUAUCAGUGGUGUUUUACUUCUGCUUCUUGUUGGUACUUGGACAGGUAUUUUGUGGCAGAAGUAUUGCCGGAAAUGUCAAUGCCGAAAAAAGAGUGUUCAUCAAUCUCAAUCGGAAUCUGGCAGUACUGAGCUUAAAACGACAGACUCACAAUUGGAACAAAAAUGAUGUGGGAAAUGAACGAUUGUUCCUUUAAUGAAGCUUCAAGAAAGAAAAAACUAUUGUAGUGUUAUGCCUAUAGCUAGGAUUGCGAGAGUAUAAGUAGCUACAGUAAACUACUCUUUCAGUUCAACAUGUGUUUAAGAUGCAAGAUCACAAUACUGCGCAUGCUCAGUUGACAUAAGAG